CCCGGCAGCACUGGGAUCGUUCGCUCUGCUACUCCAAACUUUCAUUUCUUCGCACUCAAACUUUUCCUAUGCUUUUUUUCUCCCGAUAAUUUUCUCCCUCACUUGGGGGUAGCUGCUUGUUGCACUCGAUUACUUCAGAGCUGGUUUCGACCCUAGCACAAGAGUUGAAACUGCGCAUGUCAGGGAACUUCUUUCGCUGAUUUAAAGGUUUUGUACUCAGUUGCAGAGGUUAAAAUGGUUCUUGAACCUGAUGUUAUGAGAAAUUCGCCCUAACUUUCAAUGCUGACUUUUCCGAAGUGCUGAUGCGUCUUGUGAGUUUAAGCAGUUCUAAGAUGGGCAAGCAGAAUGCGAAUCGAAGUACUAAAUCCACAAACCAAUACCGUAUCCGUAUACCCCUGGAACCUCUCAAAGAUGGUCAUAGCAUGGAUCCGAAGGAGAAGACCUUCCUGGAAGCAGCAGAGAGAGGAGACAGACCCACCAUGGUCCGAUGCCUGCAGAGGCCGAAUCCAGUGAAUGUCAACUGCACCAAUAUUUUAGGAAGGAGUGCCAUCCAGAUUGCUGUUGAUAAUGAAAAUGUAGAGAUAGUAGAACUGCUUCUUCAACAAGAGAGUGUGAAAAUAGGAGAUGCUCUUCUGUAUGCUAUUCGGGAAGGAGUGUAUAAAAUUGUGGAAAUGCUGAUCAAUCAUCCAAGCAUCACAAGUGAAAUGCUAGCGAAUGAUUGGGCAAAAACCCGACAACCAGGGGAAGAAAGUUCCGAUUACUCUCCGGAUAUAUCUCCUAUAAUCUUGGCAGCCCACUGCAACCAGUUCGAAAUCUUGCAACUGUUGUUGUCAAGAGGAGCUGUCAUUGAAAAACCACACCCACUCUCAUGCAGUUGUCAGAAAUGUCAGGAAGGAAUGCAUACGGAUAGUUUACGAUACUCUUUGCGGCGGAUCCACACCUACAGAGCUCUCGCCAGCCCCGCCUGGAUGUCUCUGACUAGUGAAGACCCGAUUCUCACAGCCUUCAAACUUUCCUGGGAACUGGAACACCUGGCCAUGCAAGAGAAUGAAUUCAAAGAAAUUUAUGUUGAGCUAAGCAACCAGUGCAAAAAGUACUCCUGUGAUCUUCUCGAUCUCUGUAGAAGCACAGAAGAAGUAAUUGCAGUCCUUAAUAAAAAGACAGACUCCAGUUGCAGUGAAGAUGAAGAUCUUGAUAAACUCACAUUGUCCAGGCUCAAAUUGGCAUUGAAGUAUGAGCAGAAACAAUUCGUAGCACAUCCUAAUUGCCAACAACUUCUAACUUCCAUCUGGUAUGAAGGUCUGCCAAUCUGGAGGAGACGUAAUGCUGUCACGAAGAUCAUCCUGUGCGUCAGCCUCAUCACUUGUAUUCCGUUAAUAGCUCUAUACUAUCUGAUCUUUCCAAGAUCUAAACUGGGAAAAAUUUUUCGCUCACCAUUUAUGAAAUUUAUUUACCACAGUGCCUCUUUUGGAUUCUUCCUUCUUCUGUUAGUUCUUGCAUCUACAAGAACCGAAGGAAGCGAAAGAUCUCGCCAGAAUGUCCGUGGGCCGCCGCUUUCUUUCGUCGAGUGGCUCAUCUUCUUUUGGGUAAUAGGCAUGGUGUGGGCAGAAUGCAAGCAGUUAUGGGAAGAAGGACUCAAAGCAUAUGUUCGGCAGUGGUGGAACUGGCUAGACUUCAUAAUGUUAAGUUUAUAUUUAACCACCUUCUCACUGAAAGGUGUCGCUUAUAUUCAGGUUCAGAGUGGACGAUAUGGGCCAAGAGUUCUCCAGCGUGCGUUAUGGCCAGGCAACGAUCCUUCUCUUAUAGCGGAAGGUGUGUUUGCUGUGGCCAAUGUCUUCAGUUUUGCAAGAAUUAUCUAUUUAUUUCAAACCAAUCCUCAUCUUGGGCCUCUCCAGAUAUCACUGGGAUGCAUGAUCAUCGAUAUUGCCAAAUUUCUCUUCAUAUUUUUCCUCGUGUUGACUUCUUUCGCUUGUGGCCUUAAUCAACUGUAUUGGUAUUAUGAUUCCAAUACCGAGUUUUGUGAAACGAAAGUGGUCGCAGGCGAAAACAUAACAUUUAAUUGCCAGUAUAACCCAGAUGCAUUCAUGACGAUCGGAAACACAUUCGCAACAUUAUUUUGGUCUCUGUUUGGUAUAAGUUCCCCCAAAAGUACAGAUUUGGUGGAAGAUGACUUCUUUAUCGAAACCGUUGGCCAAGGUCUCUUUAUGUCGUAUCAUGUGACUGCCAUCGUCGUACUCAUUAAUAUGCUCAUUGCUAUGAUGACUAAAUCCUUUCAAGUGAUUGAGGACCAUGCUGAUCGCGAGUGGAAGUUCGCUCGUUCCAAACUGUGGAUGGGUUACUUCGACGAGGGAUCUACACUUCCUCCUCCUUUCAACCUUAUCAUUUCACCAAAAGCCAUUUGCUACUUCUUAAUGGGAGCCAAGAGAAUAGUUUUUCAUCUAUGCAUCCAUUUGGCCAACAUCUGCAGAAAACAGCAUUUGGAUAGAAGUUCCGUGAAGCCUGAAAACCAGAAUGCUAAUUACUUAGGAAGCCCCCCAAGCCGCAAACCUAAUCGCCAGAAUGGGAAUCCACAUAUGGGAUUUAAUUUUAGACCAAGUGAUAUCAACUAUCAGGAUGUAAUGAAACGUCUGGUAAGCAGAUAUAUUCAUCAAACCAAAAAACAACUGAGGCAAGACGGGGUCAACGAAGAUGAUUUAUUGGAAAUCAAACAAGACAUAUCCAGUUUAAGGUAUGAACUGAGAGAAGACAGGAAAAGAGAAACAGCAAGAAAUACUGGCCAAAUCGAUAGUAUCAAGCGGGAUAUCAUCAGAUCAUUGAGAGGGAACUCAAUUCCCCCAGACAUACCAAGUCCUAUGAGUUCAACUGGCCUCAUGACUCCCAUAGAAUUCGACAACCUCAAGCAAGAACUCGUCUCUUGUCUACGAGAAGAGAUGAGAAUUUUACUUUCCAGAGAGCCACAUGUAUCCCAAGGAACUCCAGUGGUGAACUCUCAACUCUACCAGACCCAUCUUUACACACAGUUAUAGCAGCUCAUCAUGGACAAGAUUUUAGACCAAAAAGUGAAUUUCAGAUUCCAAGUACUAGUAUACAGAUAUUUGUUAUGUAUGAAAAUAGAAAAUUUGUAAUCUUCUGGGAAGUAUACAUCCCUGUUGCUAAUAUCUCGAAAUGCAAUGCAGUCCUUGU